UCAAGCAGCUGUCGUCAAUUUGCUUGGCGAUAAUUCCUAACCUAAUUUAAGUUUUGUCAGCGUUCGUUGCGCGGAAAUAUAUUUACUAGUGGAAUUUUCAAUUAAUUCAGAACGUAACAAGCUUAUACACUACAAUGAGUCAAUUCACCUUAAGCGAACUGGCGACUGCCUUAGACGGUGGCACCGAAACCGGCGUCAGCUUCGAAGGACGAGCUGAAAAAUGGGGAACAGCAGAGGCAGUGAAAAACCUUGUCGAGGAAAUCGAUAAGUGCAAGAAACUCGUUUAUUUGAAUCUGGACGGGAAUACUCUGGGAGUGGAUGCCGCCGCCUGCAUUGGAGAGGCGCUGAAAAAACAUCCAGAAUUCAAGAAGGCGUUAUGGAGGAAUAUGUUCACCGGCCGGUUGAAGGAGGAGAUCCCCAAGGCGCUAGAUCAUUUAGGCAAAGGCAUGAUUGCGGCUGGUGCACAACUCACGGCCUUCGACUGCAGCGAUAACGCGCUGGGACCCAACGGCAUGACUGGUCUCGUGGAGCUGCUCGGGAGCCCAACAUGCUACAGCUUGCAGGAGUUGCGCUUGAACAACUGUGGACUAGGUAUCGGCGGCGGAAAGAUGCUGGCUAAUGCCUUGUUGAAGUGUCACAAGGAUAGCGUGGCGGCGGGCCGUCCAUUCCAGCUGAAAGUGUUCAUAGCAGGUCGGAACCGAUUGGAGAACGAAGGAGCCAAGGCACUGGCUAAAGUCUUCGCAGCUCUUAAGACCCUGGAGGAAGUUGCCAUGCCUCAGAAUGGCAUUUACUUGGAUGGAAUCACAGCCCUCGCGGAAGCUUUUAAACUCAAUGAAAAUAUGCAGAUUUUGGACUUGAAUGAUAACACGAUCAAGCCCAAGGGAGCGACUGCAUUAGCGAAUGUGCUGCAUUGCAUGCCUAAACUGCGGGAAAUUCACUUUGCAGAGGCUUUGGUUAAAACGGCAGGAGCGAUUGUAUUGGCGGAUGCGUUGCAGGACGACCACACGGACUUGGAGGUUCUGAAUCUGGGCUACAAUGAAAUCCGCUCCGAUGGAGGGUACGCGAUAUCUUCCGCCCUCCAGAACAAACACAAGCUAAAAAGUGUCAUGCUGAACGGCAAUCAGCUCGGCGAAGAUUGCAUCUUCAAACUCAAGGACGGUUUUCAAUCCAAUCCCGACGCGUUGGGCAGCUUCUCAGAAGAUGAAGGCGACGAUGAUGAAGAAGAGGAGGAGGGUGAUGAGGACGCCAGCGAUGAAGACGAUGAGACCGACGUGAGCCACGAGAAUGGCGAGAAUGUCAGUGAAAACUAUGGGGCGUCCGACGACGAGAACUACACUGGCGAAGAAGAGGAUGCCGACGGCGUAAAUUAUGUAACGGCACUCAGUCAGAGUCACACAAGCAACGCCAACGAUAACUCCUUCCAGUCCAACAAGAGUGUAUCGUUUAUCGGCGAAGAAACGCGACCAAACACUGUUGAGACGUUUUUCAACACACCGAACCCGACAGCCAAAAUGCUUGCUGAUAUCCCAGCCACGGAGAAGUUGGAAGCCUUCAGGAAUUUUUUGAGCACUUUCAAAGAAAACGACUAUUUGACAGCUUUGGUCUUCACCACCCUUAAAUGCGCCGCUCUUGCCAACGAAUCGAAGGAAGCCCUCGACAUCGCAGUAGCUUUAUAUAAAGAUGCAUUCGACUAUGCAGUAAGCACGCGACAGGUAUCCCGCGUGAAAAACUUCUUCCUGAUACAGCUAGGACUUCUCAAAUGUGAAAACAAAGAGUUCAAACCCGCCUACAACCUGCAAUCGUGUCGAUAUGCAUUGAAGGAGACAAUUUCCAAACACAACACGAUAGCGGACGAUUUUAAAAGUACAUUUAAUUUAUUUUUAGAACGUUUCGAAUAAGAUUCUGCACGAAAUGAAUGAGAUGAAUGUUUCCUAGGGUGAGGCCUGUCUGUUGGGCUUUGGUCGAUGCAAAAUUGCCGGAGGAAUGACGGGUGUACGUGGGAUUUUAUACGUAAAGCUUUAAUUUUUCGAAUGUUAGGGACUUUAUGUCGGCUGCAUUCCAACGGGCAGGUCUAGUUUUGAAUAAAG